UCGCGCGAUACCCGCCGUCGCAGCCUCUCACCUUCGCCGAGGACGGGGCCCCGCGCGCUGCGGCGACGGGCCCGGGAAGAGGAGCGCGCGGGCUCUGCCCGUCACUCCGUAGUGGCCGCGCGACCCGCACAGUGCUCCGCGCCGGCCGCCGCAGACCGGAACUCCCAGGAGCCCCGGACCCCGUCGGUAGGGCCCGGAGGGAGCGGGCCGAUAUGCGAAGCGCCCGGGUGAGUUCGACGCCCGGCCGCGCGGCCUGAGGGGCCGGUACCCGCCAGCCGCCCCAGGAGACGGACCCCCGCGAGCGCAGAGGAGGAGCCAUGUCGGCCGUCGCCCCGGCGGGCACCGGGACCACCGGCCCCGGCGCCAACAACGGACCCGUCGUCCCGGCCCCGGUCUUCGCGCUGCCCACCCUGUCCUUCACCGUCGGCCAGGUGGCCACGGUCUGCGAGACCCUCGAGGAGAGCGGCGACAUCGAGCGGCUGGCCAGGUUCCUCUGGAGUCUGCCCGUCGCCCACCCCAACAUCCAGGAACUGAACCAGAGCGAGGCCGUGCUGCGCGCCAGGGCCAUCGUCGCCUUCCACUCGGGACACUACCGCGAGCUCUACGCCAUCCUCGAGAGGCACAAGUUCACCAAGGAUUCACACGGCAAGCUCCAGGCCAUGUGGCUCGAGGCCCACUACCAGGAGGCCGAGAAACUCCGCGGUCGACCCCUCGGGCCCGUCGACAAGUACCGCGUCCGCAAGAAGUUCCCUCUGCCCAGGACCAUCUGGGACGGCGAGCAGAAGACCCAUUGCUUCAAGGAGCGCACCAGGUCGCUGCUCAGGGAGUGGUACCUCCAGGACCCCUAUCCCAACCCUGGCAAGAAGAGGGAACUCGCCGCCGCGACCGGACUCACUCCCACCCAGGUCGGGAACUGGUUCAAAAACCGCAGGCAGAGGGACCGCGCCGCCGCAGCCAAGAACAGAAUGCAGCAGCAAUCUGGUCCCGGAAACGGAAACACCCGCCGCAAUCUGAGUCCUGGACCAGGAGGCAGCGAUUCCGAGGACUCGGACAUCUCCUUGGGGGGAACGUCCCCCCCAUCGCCGAGUUCCUCGCCACCCGCCACCCACCAGCCGUCGCCGGUGCCGUUGGGUCCCCUGGGACCCAUUCCUCCACCCACCCUGAACUUCCGAUUCGACCCGACCCAGUCGCAGUUCCGGUUCGGGCACGCGACGGCCUUCAAGUUCCCACCGGCUGGGUUUCGGUUCGGGCCUCACAGUCCUCAGCACAACCACCCCAACGUCGCGGGGGGUGGGAUCUUCAGGCUGACGGAGACCAGUCCGUUCCAGGCCGUAGGGCCCAGGGGUGAUCUGGGAUCAAGGAGGGUAUGGAGUCCAUCUCUAACCCGCGAAUGUGGUUCCAGGUUGCCGGAUCCGUUGGGGCUGGCCCCGCCGCGGUUGCACCCCCACGAGGGGCUGCUGCAUCAUCCGCACCCCCAGCACCAGCUUCCCGAGGGAAUCUCCAGGAUAUCCGAAGGUUCGCGACUGUCGGACAGCCUGUCGGACGCGCACAGUCCUCCGCUGGUGGCGACCAACCUCUCGGUGACCGGACCCCUCAGGGUGGCGGUGCCGAGUCCGCACACGCCCUCUUCGAGGGGUAGUCCACCCUCGACCCAGCAGACCCCGCAGGGUCAAAGCCAGAGCCAAGGUCUGAUCAGGGUGGCGACGCCUCCGCAGAACCCGAAGCCCCCUCAGAUCCACAGGCCCUUUUCACCGGCGUGAUACCGAGCCCAGGUCGAGGACCCCGAAGAGGGUCGCGACGGAUUCCUCGACGGCCACAGGGCGACCACGAAGGGCCGCUUCGAGGUCUUGUGAGGUCCGAUCGACCGAUCGAGCCGAUAGAGCCAACGGAGACCGCCAAUACGUCUUCAGGGUUACCUUGGAUCCGAACACCCUUAAGGGUCGUCGCGCUCUUCAGGGGGUGUCGAAGACAUCCGACCUCGUUGGCUGUUCCAGUGAAUGUGCUCGAUUCCUUGCGUUGGCUCUCUGGAAGAAUGGACUUUUCCCUCGACUGCUCCCAGCUUUCCUGGUCUUCGAGGUGUUCUUCAGGGUGGCUCGGAUCUCCACGCUCUUCGGCUCGCUGGUAUCAAGCCGAACCUUCGGCUCGCUGGUAUCAAGUCGAACCUUCGGCUCGCUGGUAUGAAGUCGAACCUUCGGAUAACGCGAAUCGGGAACCGUCAUUAAGAGCUGUAACGAACUUUCGCCGAGACGGACGUCGGGACGUCUAUUACCAGCACGUUUGGUCGCUUUUGGGUCUCCUUAAGUGGGAUUGGAGAGGUGUCGGUGGCGAACUAGACGUCAAGCUCUCUGGGAGCCUGCAAUAUUUUCGAGCGGGGACGCAAGCGAUGCAUUACGAAUUAAUUAGGGGUAAUACGAGAGGAGGGACCUCCGAAAAGAGGUUAAGUCCGCGCCUCGUCCUCCCCUCUCAAGAGGGGCUCUAAAAUGUCGGCCGAGCACGUCGAUCGCGCCCUUAGACUAAGUAGAGCUACCGUAGGGAUCUCUUCGGAAUCCGAGCCUCGAGGUCGGCCAGUCCUCGGGGACGUCGCACUCCGGAAGUGCCGAAGAGCCCGGCGCGGAUGCUCGAGGACGAGGAGAGGAGGGAGCGAAGGAAAUAAAAGAAACGUUAGGAAACGCCGAGGCGAGAGCUCGAGCCCUCCCUCCCUGUAGAUAGACUUGCUAGAACGAGGAACUCUUGUAUUUAUCAAUUAACCGCACCGGAAAAAAAGCUAUACAUACUAUACAUAUAUAAAUAUAAAUAUGAACAAAUGAAUAUUAUUAUUUGCGCCUGUAAAUACAUUCACGCGAAAAUAUAUUAUCAGAUUAUUAUGAA